AUGAGAAAGAUGGCAAAAGAAUACGAAAUGAGUCGAGAAUCGAUGAGAACUAUUGUCAAGGACAAGCUGAAGAUGAUUCCCUACCGUAUGCAGAAAGGAGCCUUCCUCAAUCAAAAAAACAAGACAUUGCGCAUGAAAAAGACUCGAAAGCUGCUCGCUGGCACGAAAGAUGGCUCGCAUCUGACGACGCUAUUUACCGACGAGAAAAUCUUCACUGUGGAGGCGAACAAGAACGGCCAAAAUCAUUGGAUCAUCGUUACUGACUAUCAGAGUGCCUGUGAAAAAGAAAAAAUUCUGAAUAAAACUUCGCAUCUGGCUUCCGUGAUGGUUUUUGCCGGAAUUACCGCUGACGACAAAACUCCGCUGAAUUUUGUGGAUUCUGGAGUCAAAGUGAACCAAGUAUACUACUGGGAGUAGAUUUUAAAGUUGGGGGUGUUGCCCUGAGCCAAUUCUCACUACGGAAACCGACCAUGGACCUUCCAGCAAGACGGCGCCCCCGCUCAUCGUGCCAAAGGGACUCUAGAGUGGCCUCGCGCCAAUUUUCCGAGUUCAUCUCGGAUGCUGAUUGGCCUGCUUCCUCGCCCGACCUCAACCCGAUGGACUAUGCCGUGUGGAUAUAUCUGACCGAGAAGGUCUCUUCUAAGAAUUACCCAAGUAUCAAAGCUCUGAAGACCGCCCUCAUCAAGAAAUGGGACGAAAUCGACGACGACUACCUUCGUGCCGUGAUCGAUGCGUAUCCGAAGAGACUGAAGGCCGUUAUCAAAGCUAAAGGAAGACGUUUUGAAAACUAUUCUCGAAUUUUGUUUCUAUAUUGUAUGAAUAAAAUUUGUUCCAAGUUUGGUGGUGUUUGGUUGACUUUUGAGAAAGUUAUAACGUUUCAAACGCGUUUGAAUAUUUAUUUGUCACCCUGUACCUCAAACUUGGGUAAUUAAACCUUUAUCUAACACGAUAAGAAUAAUACAAGCGCAAAAAUAAGACACGUAUUGUACAGUGUGUGGAAGAAGAGAAAUGA